AUGGAAAGCUCCAAAGGAAAAGGAACGGGGGAGGCACGGAACUUUAUGGGCGGGUGUGAAGUGCUCAAAAAGGCAACCGGAUGGGAGGUGGAAGAGGGAACCCUAAAGAGCGGCGUGAGCGCGGAAGAGAGGGAGGAGGUGCUGCAGACAGCGAUUCGUGAGAGAGCAAGCAGCCGGCCAGCUGCGUGGGGAAGCAGGCGAGGCGAGGCAGGAGCGAGGGCAAGCACCAGCAGGGCACCGGGCGUACCGGCUGUGACGCCCACUCUUGUGGAGGGGGCCAAGCGGCCAGGAGCACUCAUUCUUCGAAGGGCGGCGCGCGUUGGCCGCGCCCGCGACCUUAUUGGUCAUAUAUCGCUUUGUCAGUCAAUUCAGUCAGCCAAGCUGCGCUGGGUGGAUCCCGCGGAACAAGGCCCUGGCGAAUCUGAGCCCUCGUUUGCCAGCAGCGCGGCCUGGCCAAUGAGAGCGCGCAUCGCGAAGCCGGUCCCACCCUGGUGGAACGUCCGCCCGUCGCCGUCGAUUCUCCUGACACCCGUAGACAGGUGGCAGGCAGUCAGCCAGCGCGCGCUCUGCCAGGUCUCACAAUCGGCAGACAUGACCUGCAGGGAGACAGGGGUGCCAAGUGCAAUGUGGCUCGGCAACCCCGGCGGGCUUUUGAUCCGGGGCGGUCAGCGCUGGGACCUGUUUGAGAAGGAAAGAUUGGCGGCUGCGAAGAAACCCCUCUGCAAACCUCCAAUCCCCACCUCUUCAGACAGCCCGCCAAGCUAUUCUCACCCCAGCCAUGCCAAUAUCGCGAUCUGGAUUGUUGCUUUAUCGUUAGCCUGCAGGAUGAAGGAUGGCAAGGAGCCAGCGAAGCAUGUCGGCGUCGGUCUUCCAGCACAGUCGAUAUCCCAUUUGGACAUAGGAGCCUGGGAGGACGCCCGGGCAGCCAUGGUAUAG